AUGUCUGUGAAAUUGAGCACGUUGCACCGUCUGGGCGCCAUUGGCAGCAAAACUGCGGCGACGCCACGGAGACUGUUCUCGCAGAUCGAUUUCACGCACUUUGGGUACAAAACCGUGCCUAAGGGCGAGAAGGAGAGACUCGUACAUGACGUGUUUUCGUCGGUGGCGUCCAAGUACGACGUGAUGAACGACGUGAUGUCGAUGGGAGUGCACAGACUCUGGAAGAAGCACUUGAUCGAAAAGCUCGACUGCGGCAUGAGACCAAACUCGGGAGAGCUAUUGGCUUUCUUAGACGUUGCUGGGGGCACGGGCGACAUUGCAUUUGGGUUGCUGGACCACGCAAGACUCAAGUAUGGCGACAACAAGUCGACGAUGACCGUCGCAGACAUCAACCCGGACAUGCUCAGAGAGGGGGAGAAGCGCUGCCUCUCGACGCCGUACGCCAACUCUGCGAGAAUACAGUUUCUUGAACAGAACGGUGAGACUAUGGACGCCAUUCCAGACAACUCGAAGGACGUGUACACAAUUGCGUUCGGAAUCAGAAACUUCACUAACGUCCAGGCCGGCUUGAACACCGCCUACCGCGUCUUGAAGCCGGGUGGAAUCUUUGCCUGCUUGGAGUUCUCUCAGGUCGAGGAGCCAGCACUGGACUACCUCUACCAAAUCUACUCCUUUUCCCUCCUGCCUAUGAUGGGCCAGCUCAUCGCCAACGACAGAGACUCCUACCAGUACUUGGUGGAGAGCAUCAGAAAGUUCCCCAACCAGGAGACCUUCGCCAACAUGAUCAGAGAGGCCGGCUUCUACGUCCCGGGCAAGGGCUACGAAAACCUCACCUUCGGUGUCGCCGCCAUUCACAUCGGCGUUAAGCUCUAA